CCUUUUUAAGUUCAGUGGGGGAAGAGAAAGGGGGACUCUGAAAUACGAAGAGAAAAAGACACUAAACAGAGCUGAUAGAGCCCUUUCUUCUACACGGGAAGACUAUUGUCAAAUCAAAGAAGCAACACGAAACGAAAGUCUUGACUGCCUGAACCACGACAAAAAAAUAAGUAAAAUGGCGGAGCCGGACAAAUUAAACAUCGACUCCAUAAUACAGCGUCUUCUGGAAGUUAAGGGCUCUCGACCAGGCAAGAACGUUCAGCUGACAGAGAACGAGAUCCGUGGCCUUUGCCUCAAGUCUCGCGAAAUCUUCCUCAGCCAGCCAAUCCUGCUCGAGCUUGAGGCACCACUCAAGAUCUGCGGUGAUGUCCAUGGUCAGUACUAUGACCUGCUGCGGCUGUUUGAGUACGGAGGCUUCCCCCCGGAGAGCAACUACCUGUUCCUAGGGGACUAUGUGGACCGAGGGAAGCAGUCCCUGGAGACCAUCUGCCUGCUUCUGGCCUACAAGGUCAAAUACCCAGAGAACUUCUUCCUGCUGCGUGGCAACCACGAGUGCGCCUCCAUUAACCGUAUCUAUGGCUUUUAUGAUGAGUGUAAGAGACGGUAUAACAUCAAGCUGUGGAAGACGUUCACAGACUGCUUCAACUGUUUACCCGUGGCUGCAAUUGUAGAUGAGAAGAUCUUCUGCUGCCAUGGAGGCCUCUCUCCAGACCUUCAGUCCAUGGAGCAGGUGCGCAGAGUGAUGCGACCCACAGAUGUGCCUGACCAGGGCCUGCUGUGUGACCUGCUGUGGGCCGACCCAGACAAAGAUGUCCUGGGCUGGGGCGAGAACGACCGUGGGGUCUCCUUCACAUUCGGGGCAGACGUGGUGGCCAAAUUUUUGCACAAACAUGACAUGGACCUUAUAUGCAGGGCACAUCAGGUGGUAGAAGACGGUUACGAGUUCUUUGCAAAGAGACAGCUUGUUACUCUGUUCUCUGCCCCUAACUACUGUGGAGAGUUUGAUAAUGCCGGUGCCAUGAUGAGUGUGGAUGAGACCCUCAUGUGCUCCUUUCAGAUUCUCAAGCCAGCGGAUAAGAAGCUCUACUCUUACGGUGGAGGUGGAGGAAUGGGAUCUGGACGCCCGGUCACCCCGCCACGAAAUUCCGCUAAGGGCGGAAAGGCCAAGAAAUAACACCCACUGGACCCCCCUCCCUGAACCAAGCACCCCUGUCGCCCCCCCACACUCUUUCUCUACCUCCCUACUUCUAUCUCCCUCAUCACCAAACAGCAACAAAGCAGACAGUACUUAGGGUUCGGUCCUCUUUUUCUCUGAUACUGUU